GUCGACCUUUAGACCCAAAAGGUGAAAAGUGCUGCCAAUUGGAAUUUGGUAGCGGAGCCCCACGCGGUUUCCGACUGUUUUCUUUUCGAUUUGCCCACGCCAUAGCAUUGCACUACGAUUCGCUGACCUUGCUGAACUACGACAUCAAGCACUACGAGCUGCGCUGGCUGUUUGGUGGAGCUCGGGCCUGCACUACACCCUGGACACCUACAUCCUUUGGGGCUGCCUUCUUGCUGGACAUCUACAACCUGCUGAACUACCUCUACAAGCUACUGCCGCUGUUGCUCUACGACCAGAAGGAUGACGACCUCUUCAGGCUCUUCUGGCAUACCCUUGGACGAAGGGUGAAGAUGUGGUACCGGUUGUAUGAUGGACCGGACGAGGCAGUGGGGCCAUUGCUGGCUGGAAGGUUGAGAGGAAGGGCACAGCAGUUGGCUAUGAACCUUCGACUCCCUGACCCACAUGGCCACGUGGAUGUAGGCGACGCUGCACUUGUUCGCCUCAGUGUGGAUGAAGUCACUGACCCGGUGACAGGUGCCAUCAUCCAACAGGCGAUACCCAGUGGAGUACAAGCCCUACUACAUGCCCUGAGGAGCGCCUUCGGAGAAGCAGAACAAGUUCAGGCAACCAAAGCCCUUGAAGUUUUCUUCGAAUUCCGUCGUGGCCGACUCCCAAUUCCUGAAUGGAGUGUGCAAUGGGAAUUGAACCUGGAGGAGGCCGUACUACAUGCUGGUUUGGAAGUGAAUCCAGUGGCGAAGACCUACCUCUACUUCAAAUCCUCUGGACUGCCUCAAAAGACGGUGGACGACUUGCUGCUGCAGGUGCACGGCGACAUGCGCCGCUUCGAAGAAGUGCGCACUCUACUUCUUCGUAUGGCACACCGCAGCAUGGACUCCAACCAGAGCGCGAUGUAUGAGGAGGUCAACAAUGCCUACUACCUGGACGACCUGGACACCAACAGCUGGAGCACUGUGACGGAAAGCUCAUGGCAUGAUGACUGGAAUGCAUACUACAACCAGGACGAGCUCUACUCUUGGUACGAGGACCCCAACGAGCACUACGAGUACUAUGAGGAGGCAUGGCCUGAACAGUGGAACUACGAUGCCGGCUACGAUGAGGAGCCCGCUGAACAAGCUGAAGAAGAACCUUCCGAUGCAGCCCACAACAACACCAAUGACGAGACCUACUACAAGGGAAAAGGAAAGUCCCGAUCCACAACGAUGGGACUGGGCUGUUCACUAUGUGGUUCAAAAUGGCACAACACUCACAGCUGCCCUCUGAGCGAGCCGAAGGGCAAAGGUUCCAACAAAGGCUACAACAGGACCAAGGGCAAGGGCUACAACAAAGGCUUCGGAAAGUCUCCAUACCGCAAAGGCUUUGGGAAGUCAAAAGGAUACGGCAAGAAGGGCAAGUAUCCCAUGAAGAAGGGCUUCGGCAAGAAAGGAGGAUUUUGGAGUGAAGGGUAA